CAGUCCAAAGUCGCUUGCAGCGAAAGACAUCGAGUGCAGAGAGUUUAACCACCCCAGAAAAUAUGUUCAAAUUCGUGUUGAUCGCCAGCCUGCUGGUCGCCAUUGCCUAUGCAGCUCCUGCCCGCGAAGAAACAGAAGCAGAACGAUUAGAGAGGGAGGAAAUGGAGCGAUAUCAGAAUGAAAAUGCCCAAUACUCGUUCGAUUCCAAUGUGGACGAUAGGAUAAACGAUGGCCAAAUCCGGAGGGAGGAGCAGCGCGAGGGAGGCACUGUGCGUGGUUCCUACAGCUACUUCGAUGGAUUUGUUGAACGCCGUGUCGAAUACAUCGCCGACAAGGAUGGCUACCGAGUGCUUAAGGACGAAAUGAAGGACGUUGGCAAUGGUCCUCAGUUCAAUCCCGAAGGCCAAGCUGACGUUGAGGGCUCCCUGAUCGGCAAAUACUCCAUCAAGUUGGACAAGACCGACGAUGAGAAGCACUACAAGGACAUUCAUGCCUAAAAGCCAAUUGGUUGGAGCAUUUCUAACAUUUAGAAACGGACUGAAUACUUUGUAGAGCCUUAAUCUAGAGUAAAAACCUUCUGAACAAACUUUAAAUUUCAAUUUUUUUUCAAAAUGAAAUAUUGACAAAAUAAAGACACAUCUCCCGUAAA